AUGUACGCUGCCCACCCAACUCCGACUCCAACCAUGUACCAUGCCCUGCACGCCGUGCCCGUCCCUGGUAGCACAAGUCUCGCGUACGCCCUGCAAGCACAAGGACCUGCACAGCACACAGCGAGCGGUCGUCGACCAGGAGAUACAAUUGACACGUACACUGCCACCCACGCAUGGCUGGACGCUCGGUCUUGGCCUCACAUCCAAAAUCCUGAUUACGGUGUUUCGUAUGCGUCCCACGGUAGCGGCGUGGAUGGAAUCCAACGCUCGCCCAUCGCGAGCGCGGGCCAUGAGCCUGUGCCUGUGACGAACUACCCAGCACCAUACACUACGUCGGGCAUGUCUAAUGAAUGCAAUGCGUUGUGGAUAUGGACUUCUCAGACGAUACUAUAUCAUCACGGCACCCAGCACGAGCACUCAACGAUGGCGCCGGGCAGGCAGGUGUACUGGGCGGCUUCCUAUGCUUACGCCACGCCGCUGUUAUGGAUGCGGUAG